AUGGGAGUAAAGGUCCAAGUCAGUGGUGACCAGAUGAAGCCUGCCAGAGCACCUCUGAUCCCUCAUCGACCUUUUGUUGUAGUGUGGAAUGCUCCUACAGAGUCAUGUCGCCUUAGAUUCAAGGUGGACCUAGACCUGAGCAUUUUUGACAUUGUGGCGAACCUCAAUGAAACCUUAAGUGGACCAAACGUCACCAUAUUUUACCACAGCCAUCUGGGACACUACCCAUACUACUCCAGCUCUGGGGUUGCUGUUAAUGGUGGACUGCCUCAGAACCAGAGCAUUUCCAAACAUCUGAGCAAGGCCCGUGCUGACAUUGACAAGUUGAUCCCUCACAAGGAUUUCCGUGGUCUAGGUGUUAUUGACUGGGAGAACUGGAGGCCACAAUGGGUCCGAAAUUGGGGUUCCAAAGACAUCUACCGCAAAAAGUCCAAGGAACAAAUCCGAAAACUUCACCCAAACUGGCCAGAAAGCAAAGUAGAAAAGGUGGCCAAAGAAAGUUUUGAGAGGGCUGGACAAGGCUUCAUGAAUCUGACCUUGGCACUGGCUAAAGCUCGCAGGCCAGAUGGGCUCUGGGGGUUUUACCUGUUCCCAGACUGCUACAACUAUGGAUACAAGCAGCACCCACAACGCUACACUGGGGAAUGCCCUAAUGUUGAACACGUCCGCAAUGACCAUCUGAUGUGGCUCUGGAAGGAGAGUACAGCCCUCUACCCAUCGAUCUACCUGGAUUAUGAGCUAAAGUCUUCCCCAAACACUGUCAAGUUUGUCCACUAUCGAGUUAAAGAAGCCAUGAGGAUUGCAUCCAUCACUCGUAUGGACUUCACACUGCCUGUCUUUGUCUACUCCCGACCGUUUUAUGCUUACACAUUUGUUAUGCUUUCAGAGAAUGACCUGGUUCAUACUAUUGGAGAAAGUGCCGCCUUGGGAGCAUCAGGCGUCAUCCUCUGGGGAUCAUCGGAGUAUGCUCGAUCAGAGAGGAACUGCCUGACUGUGAAGAAGUACAUUGAUGGUCCACUGGGUCAUUAUGUCAUCAACGUCACAUCAGCAGCAAAACUCUGCAGCAAAGCACUUUGUAAGAAGAACGGCAGAUGUGUCCGCAAGAGCUUAAACUCAGGAGUUUACCUGCAUCUGAACCCACUUUUCUUUCACAUCCACCGUAACCCAACACCCAGGGGCCAUCGUUUCCAUGUCAGAGGUCACCUAAACAGCCAUGAUAUCCUGGACAUGAAGCACAAGUUCACCUGUCAGUGCUACCAGGGCUGGACAGGAGUUUACUGUGAGAUCCCCCAAGCUCCUUCCCCUCCUCUUCCUCCUCCACCACCUCAGCCUGUUGUCCCACUGCCUCAUCCUUGGGGCAACAGCCUUCUGGCAGACAUCCUGCUUCUCCUCUCCCUACAUUUCUCCUGUUUGUGCAUCAUCACAUUUCUGGGACUGUGUCUGACAAUCAAGUGUCUCAUACUGUAG